GUGAGGCGGCACUUCCGACUUGGACACAUACUACACACUUAAAUAAAAUAUUGAUAAACGACACCAACGACAAACAACGACAGUCACAAGAUGACACAGUGGCAGGAGCUGCUGAGUCUGAACCUAGUCCAGGGCCAGUUGAGUGAGCUGUAUGAGAGAAAAUUCCCCAGACACAUCCGCCACUGCCUGUGCAUGUGCAUAGAGGACCUGGACUGGGAUUCGGCUGCUGUGGAUGAAAAUAAAGCAAUUGUUUGCUUCCAUGCACUCAUAUUCUAUUUGGAACAACAGUGGAACCAGUCUGUCCAGCAGAACCACAAUUUGCCAGGACCUGAUUUUCAAGGGAUGAGGGACUACCUGUUGAAAAACUUUCAGGGUGUGCCACUGAACUUGGCCGUCAUACUCUCUGAAUGCCUACAGGAGGAAAAGAGAAUCCUGUUUUCAGCCACUAAGACACAGGGUGGUGACGGUCCAACUGUGGAUCAGAAAUGGAGAGAGCUGGACAACGGAAUCAGUGAACUGAAAAGGCAGACUUUGGAGGUAAAGAAGGAAAUGAAGUCACUGGAGAUCCUAUAUGAAAACCAUGACUACAUACUGAAGACCUGGAAAAGCAAAGUAGAGAAGUGUAUUGGAUUGGCCCAGUCCCAAGCUGCUGUGAAAGAGGAAUGCCUUAAGCAAGCCAAUUUUAUCAGUCAAACAAAGCAGGUGGUGCUGCAGCAGAUAGUGAAGAUUUUAAAACAGGCCGAGCAGAUAGUUGCGGCUCUCACUGAUGUGGAGCUGCCUGAGUGGAAACAGAGGCAGCAGAUGGCCUGCAUUGGAGGUCCAGUCGACACCUGUCUGGACCACCUCCAGAUGAGGUUCACAGCUGUAGCAGAGGUGCUAAUACAAGUCCGCCAACAGCUGCAGAAACUACAUGACCAGAACAAGAAAUACGACUGCAAUGAUGCCUCCAGCCUCCAUGAAGAAACUGAGAAAUCUGCACUGUCCCUGCUCACAAAACUUCUUUCAAGUGCUCUAGUGGUUGAGAUACAACCUGUCAUGACGAAUCUGCCACAGCGACCUCUAAUACUUAAGACCGGGGUCCGGUUCACAGCGGCAGUUCGGUUCUUGGCAAACCUCCCUGAAUUCAAGUGUCUGCUCAAAGUCAAACCUGUAUUUGACAAGGAUGUUGAAGAAACCACAACGGAAAAGGGGUUCCGUCACUUUGAUUUCACCAGGGAUAACAGUAAGGUGCUGGAUGUGGAGCUGCCUGGUGGAGGCCUGGUGGCAGAAUUCACACACAUGUCAGUCAAGGAAAUAAAAACAAGAACCAAAGGUUCAUGUCAGAGUCGCCUGGGAGUCACUGAAGAACUUCACAUCAUUAAGUUUGUGACAGUGUUUCAGCAUGCUGGACUGAGCUGUGACAUCGAGGCCAGCUCCCUGCCUGUGGUCAUCAUCUCCAGUUCCAAUCAGAUCCCCAGUGCCUGGGCCUCUGUCAUGUGGUGCAACAUACUGUCUUCCAGCGAGCCAAGGGACCUGUCAUUGUUUGUCGACCCUCCUCCAGUCACUUGGCAGCAGCUGUCACAGGUUCUCAGCUGGCAGUUUCUGUCUGUGGGCCAACGAGAACUUGAUGAAAACCAGCUCUCCAUGCUAAGAGACAAACUCAUGGACGAACCUGAUGGUCUCAUUCAUUGGAACAAGUUCUCUAAGAAUGAAUGUGCCUGGAUUUGGAUCAACGGGAUCCUCGAUUUGAUCAAAAGACAUUUGGUGGAUCUUUGGCAGAAUGGGUACAUCAUGGGGUUCGUGAGCAGGAAGUCAACACGGAGCCUGUUGCGGGAAAAACCGACCGGGACCUUUCUGCUGCGCUUUAGCGAGAGCAACAAAGACGGAGCCAUCACCUUCAGCUGGGUGGAACACACCAACGGUGAGACCCAUGUGCAUUCAGUAGAGCCCUACACCAAGACGGAGCUGACGGUCCUGUCUCUGCCAGACAUUAUAUACCUCUACAGUCUGAAGUCUGAGGAGAACACGACCAGGAAUCCUCUGCUCUAUCUUUACCCAGACAUCCACAGAGACGCUGCCUUUGGACGCUACUGCAGCAUCCCUGAAAAGGAGGCACCUAAAAACAUGAAUGGCUACGUUAGAAGAAAUCACACUUGUUCAGUAGAUCCUACACCACCUUCCCCUCCACCUCAGGAGGCACACAUGGACACACACAUGGACACUGACGCAGACACAAGUAUGGAGGAUCAAGUGAUUCAGGAUCUCUUCUACGAUAUCUUGGGUCUGCCGAGGUCUCCUGCCCUCUUGAUGUCAAGGCAAGACACAACAACUCACUUCUUCAACUGAAGUUUAACACAGAUUUUAUGUUUUCUGGUGCAGGUGUUUUUUUUACAAUACAGUAAAAAAUAUUUUGUCUAGAUAAGUGUAGUGUUAAUGUUAACAUGUGGGUUGGGAAACAUAUCUGUGUUUUUUUUUUUUUGUUAAAUGUGUGCACAAACUUUGUGGCUGCCUGUCAGAAGUUGUAGAGGACAAUCCUGCUGCUAUGGGAAAGAAUGACGAUGCUGUACAGUAAAUGAUUUUUUAAAACUUUUGUUUAUUAAAAUAAACAUUUGAAAACGU